CCCGCCCAAUGAGCGCGCGGCACGCGGUUUAAAUGGCGGGGCGGGCGCCGAUGGCCGUUGGUGCCGCCAUGGGCAGCGCUGAGGGCACAGAUUGGGUUGACGUUGCCAAUGGUCUUUUGAGGAGCUGUCACAUAAACCAGCACAUAAAGCAUCUCUCGGAAUGUGGUGCUGACGUGUUUGUUCGUCUUUAUGAGUCAAUCUUGGGAGAAAAAGUACCAGAUUUCAUAGCUACUCCGAGGAGCCAAGAGGAUGAUGCACACAAUGUACAAGCAGUAAUAGAUUCCCUGGCACUGGACUAUUUGCAGGUCAGCUUGUCUCACAUCACUGGUGAGAACAUUGUGAAAGGAGAGAGGGAAUCUAUCAAAAACCUCCUGGAAAUAUUUGAUGGUUUGUUAGAGUAUCUGACAGAAGCCAGUGAAUCUUCUUCUCGCACUGGAGCUGAAGCAAAUGUGCUGUCCAGUCAUGAAAUUCAAACUGCAUCUCAAGAGCAGCUGGAAGGCAACACUGAUCAACUUACAGAGCAUUCAAUACCCUCGUCAGCUGAAGGGUCCCACUCAGAGUAUUUCCUUCUAACCUGUGAUGCAGAUGGCUCAGAAUCCACCGGUGAAUUAAUUAGGCUUGGAGACACUGCUCAUUCAUUUUCCAGGAGAGAGGAAGGUGAGUUUGGAUGAAAAAACAUUAAAGACCACUCUGUGGUAACACUUCUAGGCUUUUUUUGUUGUCACAGGUGACACCUCAAGUCCUUUGUGUUUGUCUCUGCAGGGUGGAUGGAAUCUGUUCCUGCUGCUGAGCCCCUCAAAGAGGGGGUGGGUGCCAGUGCCACCAAACUGGGGGAGCCCAUCCAGCAAGCCAUUCCUCUGCUGCCCCCCUUCCAGCCUUCACACCCUGCCUGGAGAGGUUUCCACAGCUCACACAGACAGGCAGCAGCUUUGGUAAGCAGCCAGAAAAUUCCUGCUCUUGAAGAGUCACCUACUGAAAAAUCUGAUGAUGAUUCUGGUAGUCUCCUUCUAUCAAGAAAGAUCCCUGAGGGCCCAGUGCAGGCUGAAGCAUCAGCUCACACUUCCCUGUCAUCUGCUGCUGCAGUGGGAGCCCAGGUGGGUGAUGCUGAGGACAAUGGGAGAAAGGUUCCUCUGGAACAUGAGCCUUCUGUAUCUGCUUCCUCUUCAGAUGAAAAAUUCUCCCUGCAAUUUGAACAAUUAACACAAACUCCAAGACCAGAAUCCAGGUACCUGCCUGGAACACCAAGAUACGAAACUUCUACCACAGAUUCAUUUGAAGAUUCCCUUUCCCAGGGAGCAACCAAGAAGAAGCUGCCUGAGCAGGAGCUCCACGAGGCAUCAGAAAAACUGUCUCGCAGGCUCAACGAGCUGGAUUUGAUGUUAAAGAGAGCUUUGGGGGAGUGCAGCAGAGAAGAGCUGCCAGAUGAAGACAACCUGUCCCAGCACAGUGACAGUGUCAUGGACUAUGGGCACAGGACAGCUGGGAGAGCUCCAAGGUUCCCAAGCAGACCACGAUCCCUUUCUCCACCCUCCCACUUUUAUCAGCAUCAGGAAGAUAAACUGUGUGGUAAUGAACACAUAAAGACAAUCCGCUGCCAGCUGCAAAAAGAGAGGGACGAAAGAACAAGAAAAGCAAAGAUUGUCAAUAAAGCUUAUGAAGAUGAACUAAGGAUUUAUGAAGCCAGGGAGAGGCUUAGACUUUGCAAGCUCAGAGAAGUCCUCAAGGAAAUUGAACGAGAAUACAAAGAAAACAUCUUUAAAGAACCUCCAAAAGUGUCUCAGCCAGUGAAAGUUUAUUCUAGAAAAACCACACCUUGGAAUCCCAGAUCCAGCCAGUGGAUUCCAAAACGAGGGACCAUGAAGCCAAAGCAAGCAGAUCCAAUGACAAUAAGGGACAACGAGCUCCUGGUGAAGCUGCUGCAGGAGUUUCCCUCCCUGCACAUCUCCCACCGCACCCUGAACAAAAUGUGGGAGCGGCAGCUGGCACAAACAGAGCACCUGCAGGCAGCCCCUGCCAGAGCCAGACCAAAGCUCCUGAAUGAGGUUCAACAAGCCCUGAGGAAGCAUGAGCUUCUUGCUGCAAUUAUUAAAAAGGACCAAGAGCACAGCAAGAGACUGCAAGAAUUCAAGACCCGCAUCUCCCGGCAGAAAUGGGCUCAGAACAAAGUGACCGAGAAGCGGCAGCAGGUGGCUCGAGCCAGGAGGUACUAUGAGGAUUACAGGGUGCAGCUGAGGGCCAAGCUGAUGAGAGCCAGGACACGGGAGGAGAAGAUCUUUAAAAGUUUAUUUGAAGAAGGUUUAGAAAUUCAGAAGCAAAGACUGAGGGACCUGAGGGCGUACGCUCAGGAGAAGCGCGAUGAGCAACGGCGAGAGCACCAGAACGAGCUGGAGUCCAUGGAGAACUACUACAAGGGUCAGUUUGCCAUGCUGGCAGAAGCACUGUCUCAAGAAUUCCAGCAAAUCCAAACCAGAGAGAAAGCACAAGCACAGAUGCUACAGAAAUCCAAAAGGGAACUGAGAUCAAAGAUGGAGAAGGAAAUCCAGCAGCUGCAAGCAGCAAUCAUGCACAACGACGACGACACCUUUUUCCAAGAACUCGAAGCAGACAGACUGAGAUCCAGACUGCAGAUGGCUUCCUUCCAGUACAGCCAAGGCCACUUCUUGUAAGACUUAGGUAAAUGUCACUGGCUGAGAGGAUGAGAUCUCUGAUGGCUGCUGUAAUGGGAAGAUGGUGUGUGGCUGGUUUUUUUUUUACUCCAGAACAUUUGCUCUGUCAUUUUGACCUGUCAGGGGUGUAGCUGCUGGGAACUGGGAUCCCCACAGCACUUUUAUGAUCACCAAUAAAGUUUUUGAAGUACUUUCUAC